AUGUCCGAACCCGACGUCCCAUUUAAAGUGAAAGCAAUCUUCGACUACAAAUCCGAUUACGAGGAUGAUUUAAAUUUCGAUGCAGGCCAAAUUAUUACUAUCACAUCAAUUGAAAAUGAUGAAUGGUAUUCAGGCGAAUACAAUGAUAGAUCAGGAAUGUUUCCCAAGAAUUUUGUUGAAGUGUUGGUUGCUCCCGCCGUUCCCGCACUGAAUAGACCAACCAAAAAGCAUGAACCAGAAAAUGAAGUCAAGGGGCCAGCUAAGGUAAAUUCACCGCCAGCUGAAAAUGUGUCCGUCCAUCAUGUUGAGAAUAAGGGUGAAAUAAGUGAAGCGAUACAUUCCCCUCCUCCACAUUCGGAAUCACUGCAACCUUUGACUAAACAGAGUCCUACAGCUAAAGUUCCACUCCCUCAGGCUUUCCCCUCCAAGCCCAAGGAUCCAUAUAGUAUCAAAAAGCAAUUUGUAGCUGCUCCCACGUCCACCUACGUACCCAAGAUUCAGCCAAGGGAUGAAUCAAAUUUAGUUGCUCAUCCGGUUCAUGAAACUAAACAUCUGGAAGAUGUCGUAAAGAGUACACCUCAGGGCGAGCAUGCUGAAGAAGAAGAUUCUGGACCUAAAGUGUCUUUGAAGGAGCGUAUCGCUUUGCUUCAAAAGAAGCAACAAGAAGAAGCAGAACGUGAAGCUGCUGCAUUGAAAAGAAAAGAGGAGAGGAAGAAGAAACAAGCUGAGGAGAAAGAAAGGAUAAAACAAUUGAGGGAACAGAAGAGCGGAGAACAAAAGAUUGUGUCUCAGGAGGUUCCUGAAAAUAUCGAGGAUUCAGGUCCUGGUGGUGAGCACCACUCGAGCCCAUUGGUUCAACAUGACGGAGCUAGUGAGAACAUUCAUGCGCAUAAUGAAGACGAAGAUAUCGCUCAAAAUGAUGACGACGAAGUUGCUGCAGAUGAAUCAACAGGGGCUGUGGGGCAUAACGCACCAGCUGAAGAGGAAAACGAUUCAGAGAAAGAUGAAGGUGAAGAAGAAGGAGAGGAGGAGGAUGACGAAGAGUUGAAGCGUCGAAGACUUGUUGAGAGAAUGGCAAAAAUCUCUGGAGGAAGGAACAUGUUCGGUAUGAUGGGAAUGGCGACACCAUUUGGUGCACCAGGAACAGGAGAAGCAACGAAGAAGUCAAAAGCUGCUCAAAAAGAAGUUGAUGCGACUGACUCAUUGAAUGCUAAGAGAAGAAGCUCAGCGAAAGAUGUGGAAUCCACUGCCCCCCAUGUACCAGCAUCUCCUCCAGUACCCGUGUCUGCACCUUUGGUUCCGGGACCUGAUACAGUACAACAAGCUCCUGCCCCAACAUUGGGUCUCGCAGCUGAUGCCCAUCCAACAAUACCAGUCUCACGUCCAGAGGUUUCAGAGCACGACUUGACAAAGGUGAGCCACGAAAGCUCUUCAAUGGCUGAAGACGAUGAGCCAACAGAUUCAGAUCAAGCGGAGUUCAUAACACAGAAAGAUAUUGAUAAGCAAGUGCAUGAUAAUCACGAAAGAGCACAUGAUAGUACCACUGAGGAGCAUGCUAAUACAAUCACACUUCAAAAGCACCGUCCAUUUGAAGGUGAAGGUACUGGUUAUGAAGCUGAUGAGGAUUUAUCAGAUUUGUCCAAACCGCAAGAUCAUGGAUUGGGCGGAGUGGAUAAUAUUGAACAACGUCAUGAAACUGAAUUUAGCGAGCCAGAGGGUCAUGGUGUGAGGGUACCCCUCCCAUCUGAUUCUCAUGGGCAGCCAGAAACCCAAACAGUUCCACCUAUUCCCCAAAGGCACGGUUCCCAGAAAAGUACAGAUAGAGCAAGGCCACUUCCCCCAAUGCCGCCAAUUCCAGGGGCUAUGCCUAAUCCUGUGGACCAGGAAGCGAAAGCUGAGCGUCGAAGAUCCCACCCCGCUCCCCCUCCUCCCCCUUCUUCAACAUCUCCGCAACAACCUCAUAUUCCCACUUCCCCAUCGUUGUUGGCAGGUGAGAAAGAAAGGAACCAUUUAAUUGAUAGUAGCUCGGAGGAUGAGGACGACAAUAAUGCUUUUGAGUUAGUCGAGGAGCCACCACACCACUUUGCACCGCAAAAAGCUCAUACUGUUGCCUCUUCAAAUGAAUCUCGUUCUCACCCUAGAAGCGCACCUCCACCAAUUCCAGGAAACGUACCUCCCCCCCCUAUUCCUGGAAGUAUCCCCCCACCGCCGGUACCUGGAGCAGGUCCACCUCCUUCAAUUCCAUUCGGCGAGCCUCCAAAACGAGCAACGACUGAAGUUCCCCCUUUGAUGCAGACUUCGACUGGUGCUUCUGUAGGUUCGGUUCCAGGCAGGAAAUCAACUGACUCAAUGUCAAGAUCUAGAUCACUCAAGGGAAGUGGAGGGGAUCGAAAUCAAGCAGAGAUCACCUUGGAGCAAUUGGAGUUUGAAAUUGCCAAUAUCAAAUCAACAUCUACUUGGUGGUUAAAAAAUGAGUUGCCGGAAUCAUUGGUUACAAAGAUUGGCGUUGAGUUGAUCUACGAAGUUGACACCAAUAAAAUUCAUAAACGUGGCGGUAGAGCUACUGUUUAUCGUGACUACUAUGUUCUAUUCUAUGAUUUGUCACAAUUGAUUUUUGAAUUGGAGUUUGAAGAAAGUGACCCUAGAAAUACGAUACGUUUGGCCAACCAAUUUACGAAAUCUUAUCCAGCUAUUCGUAAAGACCAUUUGGAAAAUAAUCAUCGUGAAUUUGGUGGAGAAAUUGUUAAUACAGCUGCUCACUAUCUUGGAUCGAAAUUGGAUAGUAAUUUGGUCUCACACGUAUUUCAAAGUCCUCAGUUGAAAUCCAAAUUGUUACCACCAAUUGGCAACAAAUCCUAUGGUGUUACAAUUUAUAAGAACUUCAACAAUUCUAAUGUUUCUAAAAUUGAUGACAUUAAAGCUGGUGAUAUUUUAUGGAUCAAGAAUGGGAAAUUCAGUACCCACAAGGGAAUCAUUGGUAGUAAAUCUGUAACUGUUGGUGAUGGACUGGACAAUAGUACAUUUGCUGCAGUGAUUUAUGAUUUUGAUCCAAAGAAGGAGAAAUUCAAAGUUGUAGAACAAGAUGCCUCAGGACAUGUAAAGAAGGAAUCAUACAAGAUCGGUGAGUUCAAGAGUGGCAGAAUAAGAGUAUUCAGACCAGUGUCCAGACUGUAUGUAGAUUGGUAG